AUGGCGUCCCAGGACGACUCCGGCCUGACCCUCCUCGGUCCCCUCACGACCAUAUUCACCCCGCCUGCUACCUGCCAUGACCUCACCGUCCUCUCAAUCUCCACUGUCUACAGCACCGUAGUUACCGUGACAAAAACUAUCUCCGACGGCUCAGCCGUCUCCGUCUACACCGUCCCCACCAUCACCACUUCGACUACCGCUUACCUCGAGAAGUACGACUACGUCCUCGACGACUCCUGCUAUCCCGAAGGCUACACCACUUACUCCGCCUACUACUCCCCCGGACGCUGCCCCGCCGCCUGGGAGGGCGUUGUAACCACAGCCCAGAAUGGCGAGACAACCAUCCAAUGCUGCCCCACCUCCUUCACCUUCAGCGGCGAGCUCUGCCGCUCAUCAGUCACCGAAAGCACAACCACAUCCGUUGUCCUCUAUAAGAAUGAGCUCCGCGUCGACCCCACCCCAACUCCAUCUUACAUUCCAGACGAAAUGGUAUGGGCCACCGGCAUAAUCGUCCGCUACCGCGACGGCGACUUCCCCACCACCACCGCAUCGAAAUCCUCGUCUGCCACCAAUUCCAUCGCAGCGCCCACCUCCACCUUCACCCCAUCAGACCCCUCCUCCUCCGAAUCCAACUCCGGCCUCCCCCUCGGCGGCAAAAUCGGAUUAGGCCUCGGCAUCCCCGUCGCGGUGAUCAUCCUCGCCAUCCUCGCCUUCCUUUUAUUCCGCCGCCGCCGCGCCGCCACCACCCCUACCGUCGCCGGCCCUCCCCAAGCACCCCCGCAACAACAACAAGCGUACGCCCAACCCCCGCCUCAGCAGUACUCUCAACCUCCUCCACCACAGCAGUACUACCAGCCUAUGGAACAAUCCGUGCCUGCGGGAUACUGGGAGGCUAAACCUGAAGAGAUGGCACGCGCGAGCGAGAUUUAUACACCGAGUGCGGCGGGGUCGCCGCGCUUUGGAGGGGCGCAGAGUACGGGAUAUGCACCGGUUGCGCAGGUGGGUGCGUACGCACCUGCACAUGAAACGGGAUAUGCGCCGGUUGCGCAGGUGGGAGCGUAUGCGCCUUCACAUGAUACUGGGUAUGCGCCAGUUGUAGGGUCGGGGCAGGAAGGGUAUGGACAGGAGGCUAGGGCGCCGAGUGCGCCGAGUGGGUACGCGCCCGCUGCGGCACCGGAAUACGCACAGCAGGCUAGCGCACCGAUUGUGCCGUCACAGAGGCUGCCGGUGCCGCCGGUGGAGGGGGCGUCGAGGCAGUGGUCUGGUGGCGGGGGACCGUUGCCGGACCCGGCGGAGUUGUAUCCUGAGUAUGCGGCUGGGGGGGAUGAUGAUGAUAGUGUGCAUGGUGGGAGGAGGUGACGGUGGUAGGGAUGUGGAUGGGGAGGGAAAUACCCGAGUUCUUUGUAUAUAUUUUGGAAUGGAAAGGGCUGGAAGGAGGAGAGCCUAGGGGAUGUAGAUUUUUGUGGUUGGGAGUGUUUAGGUAUAUACCCCAUUGGGGGGAGAUGUGGAUAUUGCGGCUGAGGGUUGUUGGAUUUAAUGCAAUAUGUAGUUGAAAUAUAGGCU